GAGCAUGUUGUUUUGAAUCGAAAAAUCGUCUGCUGAUACACGUUUUGGUUUUUACUUUGCUCGGUGAAAUUAUUGCAAAAUGCUGUAUUUGGUUGGUUUAGGUUUAGGAGACCCUAAAGAUAUUACAGUCAGAGGUCUAGAAAUAGUAAAAGCAGCAGAUGAAGUAUAUCUGGAAGCCUAUACAUCUAUAUUAACAGUUGGAAAGGAGGCCUUGGAAAAAUUUUAUGGCCGAGAAGUUAUUUUGGCUGACAGAGAGUUUGUGGAACAAAAGGCUGAAUCGUUUAUUGAAUCAGCUAGAAACAGCAAUAUCGCUUUCUUAGUUGUCGGGGAUCCAUUUGGUGCUACAACUCACACAGACCUUGUGUUGAGAGCCAAAGAAGUUGGAGUUCCCUUCCAAGUGGUACACAACACUUCCAUUCUCAAUGCAGUGGGUUGUUGUGGACUUCAGUUGUACAGUUUUGGAGAAACUGUGUCAAUACCAUUUUGGACAGAUACAUGGAAACCAGAUAGUUUCUUUGAGAAAAUUGAAGGAAACUUGGAUAGAGGGUUGCACACCUUGUGUUUACUUGAUAUCAAGGUGAAAGAACAGACAAUUGAGAAUAUGAUGAAGAAUAGACCAAUCUUCGAACCCCCACGAUUUAUGAGCAAUCAGCAAGCCGCCGAACAGCUGAUUCAAGUCGUCAAUUCCAAAGACAACGCGUCAAAAUUGACUGGAGACACUUUAUGUGUUGGUGUGGCACGAGUUGGCUGGCCAGACCAGAAGAUUAGUGUUUGUACGCUGAAUGAAAUGUUGAAUUGUGAAUUGGGCCAACCACUUCACUCUUUGGUCAUCGUGGGAAAAAUCCAUCCUCUCGAAUUGGACUUUUUACGCAUGUUCAAUCCCGAUAUCACCCUGCCCGACAGUUCCUAACGGAAUACGGUAAUAAAUUUACCAUUGAUUUUCAAAAUGA